AAAAACUUCAGACGUUAAUAGCAAAUAAUAUUUCUUCUCGAGAUUUCUUUUAAUCUCAAUAAUGGGAAAGGAAACUAAAGAAAUACUAAUUGGUAAAAUUGAUGACUGUGAUGACGAUGUUCGUAAAACCGCCCAGGAAAUGGAUGUUAUCCGACAAAAAACAGUUGCAUAUGAGUAUCUUUGUCGCUUAGAAGAAGCGAAAACUUGGAUGGAGUCAUGUCUUAAAGAAGAACUUCCUCCAGCUGUUGAAUUCGAACAAAACUUGCGAAAUGGUGUUUAUUUAGCCAAGCUUGGAAAUUUUAUAGCACCUGACCUUCUUCCAUUAAAUAAAGUAUAUGACAUUGACCAAAGACGAUAUAAGGUGAUGGGAUUGCAGUUUAAGCAUACAGAUAACAUAAAUAAGUUUUUACAAAUUUUGAAACAAACUGAACUACCAGUGACAUUUCAACCUGAAACAACAGAUAUUUAUGACAAUAAAAAUAUGCCAAAAGUAAUUUAUUGCCUUCAUGCUUUAAGUUCACAUUUGUUUAAAAUUGGAAAAGCACCAUUAAUUCAUGACUUAUUUGGUAAAGCUGUUUUUACAGAUGAACAAUUAGACUCUGUGUCUAAAGACUUGCAAAAGUGCAAACAUCCACUUCCAAUGUUCCAAAAGAUAAGUGGCAUACUAUCGCACAAUAACAGUACUGCAUGUAAUAACGUUUCCUCGCAUAAUAAUGCUCUGAUUGAACUUAACAAUUUAUUAGACUCUGAAAAAUCCAUAACUUCAGCAUUGUUAAACCCUGACUUAAAAGUUAAAUAUAUACAGAAUUGUCUAAUAGAUGCAUACAAAGAUGUUCUUAAAACAGCAAAAUACGAAAAAAUUCAAGUUGCUCACAAUCACUCUCUGAAUGAUAGCUAUGUACCAGAUGAAUAUGACGAAAUACUUACUCAAGUGGAAAUUCAGGGCCAUAUCACUGCUACGAAUUACAAAUAUCUAUGGAAGAAUCUAUGUUCAGCCUGUAAAAGUAAUGAUGUAAAUAAAUUACACAAAAUAUUUAAUGAAGAAUGGGUAAAAAUUAAAAAUUACAACUCUAAUAAUUUGGAUUUCUAUUGUGAUGUGGUUAAAGACAUAAUAGAGUCUUGUAAAGAUAUAGAUGUAGAAAGCAUUACAAACUGGCACAAGAUAUUUCAGAAUAUAAUAAAUGAUGGGAAUGUUAAAUCUCUUGAACAUACUGAACACAAAGCAGCAAUUAUGAAUGUUAACAGGGCGUUAGAUGAGGGUACUGCAGAAGACUUAUAUCAAGCUUUGACAAGUCCUAAACUUGGUUUGAAUUUCAAAAUAGAUAUAUAUGCUGCACCACUUUUAUUUGAGGAAAUGAGAUUAGAAAAAUGUGAAUUAGAUAAGAAUCUCAAUGAGAGUGAAAUAGCUGCAUCAGCUUUGUAUUUAAAAUCAGUUGCAUUUGUAUCUGAAGCUGUGGAGAGAGGCGAUGAAACAGCGGUAUGGAAUGCUCUUAACUCUAGGCAAAUUCAACUAGAAAGACUUAAGCCACACUGUCGUCGCCGUUAUCUUUCCGCAUUGAUAUCAGCUUUACAAGUGAAGAUUAGAGAACAAUGCGAAUGCCCAUUACUGACUCUUGAAGACAUUAAAGAUACAAUUGACAUGGUAAACACGAAAGAUGACGAUAAUGAUGAAUUGGUAGAGGUUAUUGAUAAUAUUAACAGAGCAGUAACAGACGAAGAUGUAGAUUCUUUGAUAGUAUUACUGAAAAGUUCAUGCCUGAAGCUACCACUUUCCUUACAUAAGGAGGAAUAUCACUUGUACAUGAGGACUUUAAAAAAACGGCUUUUGCAGAAUGAAUCACAAAAUCUCUGGUAUGACGAUAUAACGAAUGCCAUUAGCGAUGUUAAUUACGAAUCGAUAAAAGUUAAAGAAUUAACUGAUGCAAUUGUUCAGCUUAAUUUAGCUAUAUUAAAAAACGAUCUUAAUGAAUUUUGGAAUGCACUUUUAUCCCGCCACCUUUCAAGUUCUGAAAUUAUAGAAGGUUCAUGUAAAGAAGUUUACUUUCAAAUGUUUUCGAAAGCUUUAAAGAAGAAGGGUCAAAACAUCUGUCCCUGGAUUGUAUGUCACACGGAAGCCGGGAAUACAGUAUAUAUUGAUGUUGAGUCUUACAGCUAUAGUUGGACUACCCCUAAAGAUUUCGUUCCUUAUGCGCGCUAUUUAACAAGGAAAGACAUAAAUUCCAUAAUCGAUCGAACUAAUAAACACCACAUCAAUACAUAUAGACAAAAACUUUUGGAGAAUACAUUUACCAGAUUUCAAGCUUGUUGUAAAGGAUUUUUAGUAAGGCAGCACUUUAAAAGACUAAAGUUCUUUAAAGAUCACUCGGAGCAUGUGGUAAAAAUCCAAGCCUGGUGGAGGCGAAUUCAAAUUCAAAGAAAAUAUGGAACUUUGAUAAGAAUGAAAACAAUUGAAGCAAAAUUAAAAAGGGAGAGAAAGCAAAACCCUUGGGCGUGGUAUAAAAUUCAGGAACACAAUAUUAUAAAGAUACAAGCUUUAUGGCGAGGCCGACGAGCUAGGAAUGCGUUCCUUUCAUUGUUUCACUCACCUUACCCUCCAUUAGGUGUUGUCAAAAAAUUCAUCCCCAUAUUAGAUUUUACUACUGAAGAUUAUAAUCGUGAAAUAGAAUUGCAGACAUUGAAAUCAGAAGUUGUACAAUCUAUACGAAAAAAUCAAGAACUUUCUAAGCAAAUAGAUGAUAUGGAUCUGAAAAUAGGAUUAUUGGUGCAAAACCGAAUAGCGUUACAAGAGGUUGCUGUUCAUGGCUUAAAAUUAAAUAAGUUAGUGAAACAUAAUACUUCCACCAAAUUAGUCCUGAAUCAAGAUAGCAAAGGCCCGUUAAUGACUAUAUCCACUGCUGUGAAAGGCUUAAAAUCACUGACUAAGGAAAGUAAAAGGCUUUUGGAUGGAUAUCAACAUUUAUUUUAUGAACUACAAACAAACCCGACAUACCUAUCAAAACUUUUGUUUUGCAUACCCCAAAACAAAACUAACUCGUUCUUACAGAAUGUUGUGUUAAGUCUUUAUAAUUUCGGAGCUUAUGCAAGAGAUGAGUAUCUUUUAUUAAAACUGUUUAGGUUUACGCUGGAAGAAGAGGUCAGUUGCAAAAUUGUUAAACCUUUCGAUAUAAUAGCUUCAACGCCUUUAGUCUUGAAAAUGGCUGUAAGCCUUUCCAGACAAUUAUCUGGUUUGAACAAUCUUCAAACUAUCAUAGGACCCCUUGUCGAAAAAAUUAUAAAUGACAAAGAAUUAAACAUUGAAACAGGUCCAGUCGAAAUUUACAAAGCUUUAAGAAAUGAAACUGAGAUGAAAACUGGACAAAUAUCGAAAUUACCGUACACUGUGACUCAGGAAGAAGCUUUAACUUACCCUGAAGUUAAAUCUAGAUUAGAAAAGGCUCUCACUCAACUGAAGACUGUUGUGACUUUGUUUUUGGAUAAAAUAACAACUUCUACAGAAAUGUUACCAUUCUGCAUAACAUACAUGGCUCGUGUAUUACAUCGCUCUUUGACAUCGAAAUUUCCUCAUACACCUGAAAAAGAUAUUCUCAAGGUUAUUGGUAACUUGGUGUAUUACCAGUUCUUCAAUGCUGCAAUAGUAGCACCGGAUGCUUUUCAUAUUAUAAAUAUGCCAAAUGGUGCGGGCUUAACAACAGAUCAACGAAAAAACCUAGCUUCUGUUGCAAAAAUUCUACAUUUUGCAGCUGCAAAAAAAGGAUUUGGCGAGGAGUCUAGUCACCUGCGUUGUUUGAACCCGUUCAUAGUGGAAUGUCACGAAAAGAUGAAAGAAUUGUUCCGACGCUGCUGCCGCGGACCUACUCUCGAAGAGUACUUCGCCGUAGAUGAGUACACCGAAGCAACUUUACUCCAUCAUCCACAUAUCUACAUUACCGUUCAAGAAAUAGUGGACACACAUGCUUUACUUGUUGAAUACCAAGAUAUUCUAGCACCUGACCCUAAUGCUCGACUUAAUGAACUCUUGGAUGACUUAGGAGAAGUACCUUCAGUUGCGCAACUGGCAUCGCGAGAUGUUCCUUCACAAUUAGACUCUGAAGAAAAUGCAAGAUUGGAAGUAUGCCUUGCACUUGUCAACAAAUUCCAAGCGCCAGCCGAUGAUAUGACUGAUUUAAAUAAACUGUUCAUCAAAACAAAAGAACUAUGUGUUGCUAUAAUCCCAUUUUUGAAUGGCGAACAUCUUUUGGAAGCUCUAUGUAUUGGAACGACAAGGGAACAACAAGAGCAGUAUAGUGAGAAAGUGAAGAGACGCAUAUAUUCAGGACAGGUUCGCCCAGACGAGGCAAUAACCCUACGUGAACAUAUCGCGAAAUUACGACGUAAUCUCCAAAUGCUGGAAGAUGAAGGCUAUGUUACACGUGAGGAUGGCUACCAAGCACUUGUAACAUCUAUAGCCCUUGACUUAUGUAACAAAGGAAAAUACAGACAGGCUCAGAGAAGAGCUCUUACCACGCUGACCCGAACAAGAGUAAGUUUGCUGGAAAAGACAAAGUAUUACGAAGAGAAAUGUAAAUCAUAUGACCAGUACAUUAAAUCCUGUCUUGCUAAUCUCCAUGCUGGAAAAAGGAGUGUUCAUGCAAGCUUGAGAAGAUCAGGAAAAGAUAUUCAAAAAUUGAAGUCUAAGUUAACUGUAAAGUACUCAGCUUCUAAGCUUCUAGAGAGGGGAGUACUUCUAGAAAUAGAUGGUCUUUCUACGUCACAAUUCAAGAAUGUACAGUUUGAGAUAACGCCAACCGAUCAUAACGGAGUAUUUACAAUAAAAGGUAAAUUCAUGGGUGUUGAAAUGGAAACCAUUGAUAUUGAUAUUCAAGAUUUAUUACAAAAGCAAUAUGAAGGCUGUACAAUAAUGGAUAUGUUUGGAAAAGCUAAGAUAAAUGUGAAUUUAUUAAUUUUCUUGUUAAAUAGUAAGUUUUAUGGUAAAUCUUAGAAGUAAAUCUUGGUUGGUAAUUAAUUGAAAAAGCAAAGUUAGUACUUAUCUAUUGGCUGGAAACAAGUCACUUUAAUGUGAUUGAUACCAUUGACUUAUCCUAAAAUAAUUGGACGAAAAUAUUUCAAUUUUCUACUAACUAAAUUUUAGUUAAGUUUCAGUUACCAGUAUGAUGAUUGAUUUAGCAAGCUUUGAAAGAUUUUGUAGUUAAGCCGAAACAAAUGUAUUAAACAAAGUUUAAAUUAAAUGUGUAACCAAAUAUGAAAUUGCUGGAUUUACAGCCAUUUAACACUAUUCUAAUUAUUAUUAUUAUGAAACGUAUUUAAGAAAAACAGUGGUGAGGUGCGUCGCGGAACGGGACAUUCUUUAGAAAAACCGAUUUACGUUGGAGUGACUAAUCCGCAUGUUUUGAAUUUUAAUGGCGAAUAUUGCUAUUGCACAGAAAAAAAUAAUUCUGUAUAGACUGAAUAUUUUGAUCAUCAUCAGUUUUCACUCAACAUCAGAUUUGAACCUAUAAACAGGCUUACUGGGAUAUAAAUGAAUUACAAAAUAUGUAUUAAUUUUUAUUUAUGUGAUUAUUUAAAUUGGCUGCCUUUA